AUGGCGAGGGCGAGGGCGAGGGGGGGACAAGUGGAGGGGCGCGGCGCAAAAUGCUCCGGGGAAAGAGUCGACGCGGCUGCGACACUGUCUCCCGCUCCCGCCGGCCUUUCCCUUGCCCAGCAACUCGCAGAACUAGCAGAGGUUGCCCCCGCAGUUCACCGGCCCGUAUCAGACCUCGAUCCUGAGGACGUGCAUGCAGGCGCGGUCUCAGAAGAUGAUUCUCCCAUCGAUAAUUCUGCUGCGAGGGAACACUACGUCGAUGUCGCCGUGACUGACCCCAAGUACGAUGGCGUCCGCACCACGCGCAGGCAGCUGUUCGAAGACGUGGAUGCAGAAGCUCAUAGCGAGCCCGAGGCCAGCUCGCCUGGGGGAUCCCUGCCGAGCCAGUCAGACAGCGAAGGUGCACCCGGCUCCUCCCAGGAAGAGGAAGAGGACGAUGGCGAAGACGAAGACGAGUCGGAGCCCGCUCAGAGCGAUCGCGAAGAGCAGCCUGGGCGCGCACACAUACCAUCUGACCCUCCACGCGCCUCUGAAAUGAAUAGGCACCAAAGCAUUGGUGAGAAUGAAGAACAACACAGCGGCGACCUUGCGUUAGCGCUGCGCAAGACGCGCGAAGAGGACCGCCAGAAAGGCAAGGCAGUUGCCCGUCAAAUAAAAAGGCACCCGAGUUGUGACCAGUGCGGUGGUAUAUGCACAGACGGCAACGGCCUGAUAGGGUCUUGUCCUAACUUGGUAAUCCCACUCCAGGCCCUCUGGGACACGUUGUUGGAUGCCCGUAUACAGAUGCAGAAGGUUGUCACCGCAGCAAACAGACUACCGAGCGGGGCGUAUCUCGAGACGCUCUCUAGUCACCCCUCGGCGCGCACAGCACUCGAUGGCAUGUUCGGUGAAGCGGCCGCGCUUGCCGACGAGCUUUUCUCACUUCAAGAGGUUCUCCUAACGCACAAUGAAAACGUCACGCCACCCGCCCGUAAACGACGGCGCAUAGACCCCGACAGCAGCGCUGUAGAUGCACUGCGCGGCCUCUCUGGGGAUGCGUCCGCACUCGAGGCGUCGUACCACGCGCACCUCGUGCACACGCUCACGAAGUGGUCCGCGAAGGUGCAGGCGGUCGCCCCGGGCGUGCUGCUCGCGGGGCGCAACGCGUUCAACAAAGACGUACGCGCGGCAGGCGUCGUGCCAAUGGUCGACGAGAUCCUGCGUGUGGACGGCAGCAAGCUGCUCGGCCGUACGCGCACGCGGCGGGGCAAGGGCGAGCGGAUGCGCGCGCCCGAUGCCUCUGAGCCCGAGGGCGAUGACGCCGAGGACCCGGAGAUCUUCGACGACCUAGAUUUCUACCAGCAGCUGUUGCGCGACGUUAUCAAAACGCGGGGCGGGGAUGGCGGCGAGCAGGACUGGAUGGCCCAGCAGCGGGAGCGCAAGGCGAAGCGGAAACUGAAGGUCGACACCAAGGCGAGCAAGGGCCGGAAGCUGCGGUACGAGGUACACCCGAAGCUGCAGAACUUCAUGGUGCCGGUCCCUGUCGUGCACGGAGCUUGGCAUGAGGAGCAGAUCGAUGGGCUGUUUAGUUCCUUGCUCGGCGCGGGGUAG